CUUUCCCUAACGUACGGUACGGCACACGUAGCAUUCCGACAGGCAGUGGAAAUAAAAUACAGUACGUAGAUAUUACUCGUACUUACCGGAAUACCAUUUCUGUUUGCACCUCAAAAACUAUCAGAAUAGGAAGUUAAGGCAAUUAAGUUCAACCUUUAUCCGACAAAAGGAAAUCACCAAAAUUUAACAUGGCCGAUCUAGACCUAGAUGCAAUCAUCAAGCAGCUAUUUGCUCUCAGCAGCGAGAAGCCUGGAACUGUUGCAGAAUUAGAAGAAGAUGCUAUCAUCUCAUUGUGCUCCGCCGCGAAAGAAUUAUUUCUCAGCAAGCCCAUGGUCUUGCGGUUGAACGCACCCAUCAAGAUCUGUGGUGAUUUACACGGUCAGUAUUUCGAUCUUUUGCGCUUGAUGGACCAUUCUGGACGUCCACCAAACACAAGUUAUUUGUUUCUGGGCGACUACUGCGAUCGAGGAAAGCAAUCGAUCGAGGUCUUGUGUCUCCUCUUUGCCCUCAAACUCAAAGAUCCAGAGAGGGUGCAUAUGAUCAGGGGGAAUCACGAAUCGAGGAAAUUGAGCCGCAUGUACGGUUUUUACGACGAAUGCAAGCGUAGGUACAAUCCUGAAUUGUGGGAGAAAUUUGUUGAAGUCUUCGAUUGUAUGCCGGCUGUGGCUAUCAUCUCGGACAAGAUCAUGUGCGUGCAUGGUGGUUUGUCUCCGGAAUUGGAGGACCUCGAGCAAAUCAAUGCUAUUGAGCGUCCUUGUGACCUCCCCGAGCAGGGCCUGCUCUGUGACUUGUUGUGGGCCGAUCCAGAACCCGGCAUCGAGGGCUGGGAUGAGAACGAUCGUGGAGUCUCAUAUGUUUUCGGAGAAGACGUUGUCGAAGAAUUCGUCAAGAAACACGAUCUAGAUGUGAUUGUUCGAGCACACCAGGUUGUAGAAGAAGGCUAUGACUUCUUUGCCGGGCGAAAAUUGAUCACCCUCUUCUCUGCUCCUAACUACACCGGCGAAUUCGAUAACUCCGGUGCCAUCAUGAUUGUCGACAGCGACAUGAAUUGCCGUUUCCAGAUGCUCAAACCAAGCCAGAAGACCGACAGGCCCAAGAAGGGUCAGGAGCUCACACCGCUUCAAAGGCUCCGGAUGAGAUCCAACCAGGUUAAAAACGCUUUGACAGCGGUGAAGGCUUUUGGGAAACCCUCGUCGGAGGAUAUUCUGAAAAAGAUGAACGAAAAACGUCCUUGCAAGGAAGCGAGCUCUGAUUACCGAUCGAUGAACCGCAAAAAAAGCGAAACGAAAAUCAACGAGGCGGAUUUUUCGAAUGUCCGCUUUACCGACAACGCCCUUAUUCUUGAAACAGAAAACUUAACUCGUCGAAAGACUAGCUGGGGAGAUGUUUUCGAGGAUCUUUACUACACCGAAGAACAGAUUGCGGAAUUUCGUUAUGAGGCAUUCAAUUCGGAAAUGGAUGAUGACGAAGAUGACUGGUUUAAUUAAAAUCAUGAGCCACUCUACUUGUGAGAGCUAUUGCAAUCAUUGCUUGACUUCACGUACGUGAUAAUGAAGAACGAAUUA